ACAUGAUGAUCUACAUGGUUGCCUUCUAUUUUUUGUUUUCCCUUCCUGAUUGCUUUAUGAGAGAUGGGAAAGGUGGGAGAGGGGGUGAUUGAACAAAAGGUUUUAGCAGAAACUUAAGCUUUUUUAAAAGCAAAUAUACAACAAAGAAAAGGAAAAGAUUUUUCUGGGGCUGGGAAAGAGAACAGAGGAAAAGACAGAAAGUGCAACGUCAGAGUUAGCCUUAGGGCUCCAUGGGUUGUGGUUUUGGGGUGUUGUUUUGGACUGCUUGAGGAUUACAGAAGGGAAUCUGUUCUCAUCCACGUCUCUCUCUCUCUAUCUCUCUCUCUCUCUCUCUCUCUCACAGUUUUGAGAACUGGUUCUUUAUUUUUUGUUCAUAUUUGUGUGGCUAUUGUUGGAUUUUUUUGGUAUUAGCAAGCUUGGAUAUCGAACCAUGAAGGAGAAAAGUUAGCCAGAGGAUCUGAUCUACGGCCCAUGAUGGAACCUUAGGUUAUCAAGAAUUUCUAAGCUAAAAGAAGAUGAUAAAAGGUUUGAUGUUCCAACAACAGAUACAGCAGCCAGUUCUGGAGGAAAACAUGUCUAAUUUGACUUCUGCGUCUGGUGAUGCAAGUGUUUCUUCAGGCAACAGAACUGAGUUAGGGAACAACUAUUCUCAACAACACUUUGCUUCACCGCCACCCCAAACUCAACCUGCAGCGAAGAAAAAGAGAAACCUUCCAGGCAACCCAGACCCAGAUGCGGAAGUGAUAGCUUUGUCUCCCAAGAGUCUCCUGGCAACAAACAGAUUUAUUUGUGAGAUCUGUAACAAAGGGUUUCAAAGGGAUCAGAAUCUUCAACUUCAUAGAAGAGGGCAUAAUUUGCCUUGGAAGCUAAAGCAGAGAACAAGUAAAGAGGUAAGGAAGAAGGUGUACGUGUGCCCAGAACCUAGCUGUGUGCACCAUGACCCAUCAAGGGCUCUUGGGGACCUGACUGGGAUCAAGAAGCACUUCUGCAGAAAGCAUGGCGAGAAGAAGUGGAAAUGUGACAAGUGCUCAAAGAGGUAUGCAGUUCAAUCAGAUUGGAAAGCUCACUCCAAGACCUGUGGCACUAGGGAGUACAGAUGUGAUUGUGGAACCCUUUUCUCAAGGAGGGAUAGUUUCAUCACCCACAGAGCUUUCUGUGAUGCAUUGGCAGAGGAGAGUGCAAGAGCCAUCACAACAAACCAACUUCUGUCCUCUCAACCUGGCCCUUCAGCGUCUCACAUAAACCAGCUCCCGCCCCAGUUCAAUCCCCAAGACCUCCACGCAUUUUCUUUGAAGAAAGAGCAACAAAGCUUCAGUCUAAGGCAAGAGAUACCCCCAUGGCUAGCUUUUCCUGGCCCACCACCUAUAGAUAUCUCCUCAUCAUCGUCAUUCUUCUCCACGAGAUUAGACCAUCAAGAAUUCGCACAGACUCACCCAGAUUUAGCCCUCCAUGAAACGCAGAACUCUAACCCUAGUCUUGGCCCCACUCUCCCUCCCUACCUACUAGCACCCUCUCCACACAUGUCAGCCACUGCAUUGCUGCAGAAGGCAGCUCAGAUGGGUGCAACCAUAAGCAGCAACACUGGCUCAUCACCAACCAUGAUGAGGCCCACCCACCAGGCUCACGUGCCUACUGCUUCUGAUUCUGGCAACAAUACAACUGGUAAGUUUGGCUCGAUUUUGUCCUCACGUGGAGAAAUGGCCACUGGGUUUGCCCAUGGCUUGGCUCCUUUUGGGAAUAAAGCUGCAGGCCCUUCUGCCUCUGCAGCGACCACUACUACAGGAGCAAGUACUGGUGCAGCCUCAGGUGUUCCUCCUUCCCUUCUUCAUGACAUGGUGGGUUCUCUUUCUUCUUCCACUGGGUUUGAAGGAACUUCUUUUGAGGAUGCAUUUGGAGGGAUUUUGAAUUCAAAGAAAGAUGUUAAUCAGCAUGAAUCUCUCUCAAAAACACCCAACAGCAGGAGCAAUCUCAGUAGGGCUCAUGAAACUGGCGGGAGUCAUGGUGGUGAAGGUUUGACUAGAGAUUUUUUGGGUCUUAGAGCUCUCUCUCACAGUGACAUUCUCAAUAUUACUGGUUUUGGUAAUUGCAUGAACACUUCCAACGAGCAUCAAAAUCAACCCCAAAAACCUUGGCAAGGUUAGCUCCUAUAUAUAUAUAUGAAACUUUUUUUUUACUAUAAUUCGGAUUUUCUUUUCUUGUGCUAUCAAUCUUUCCAAAGGGAAGGACUCGUUUGAAAUAUUAUUAUUUCCAUGCCGUAUCUUAGCUAUUAUAUGAAUUUUAGUCGGCAUUUUAUACAUUAAAGCUUUGUAACUUUCAAGUAUUCUAUAGUUUUAAAAGACUAAUUAUAUAUAUCCGGAAGGGAAA